GAUAAGAAGUGAGAGUUCCAAGUCUUUGUUCCAGCACAAUGACACGGAAAAAGCCGCAACCACGGCCAUGCAAGUCGUCAAUAAAAGUGACGAGGAAAUGACAAAGAAGACAGAAUUCUCUCAACUCCAUCUGGAGAUCUCUGGCCAGUGGAACAGUGUCACUCAUGAAUGCCUGGUGGACGAGGACUGUGGCGAACUGAAGUAUUGUUGGUAUGAGAUGGACAACUCCAAGUGCCUGCCCUGCAUACCAACUGACAUGCCCUGUACUAAAGACGAGGAGUGCUGCUCCAAACAGACGUGUGUUUGGGGCCAGUGUACGGUCAACGCCACUCAGGGAACGGAAGGAACAAUCUGUCAGGGUCAGAGUGACUGCAGACCAGACCUCUGCUGUGCUUUCCAACGAGAGCUUUUAUUCCCGGUGUGCAACCCCAAACCAGGAAAAGGGGAGUCCUGCCUGAACCAACCCAACCUGUUGAUGGACAUGCUGGCCUGGGAUCAGGAGGGUCCUCGCGACAACUGCCCCUGUGCCAAUGACCUGCAGUGCCAAAUGAACGGACGUGGAUCUGUCUGUGGAGAGUAGAAAUGGAAAUAGUGGAGUACAAUAAAACAUGUCCUGAAGUUAAA